AUGUCGAUAGAUCCUCAGCAGCUGUUGGAUCAGCUCUCAACCCAGGCCCGCCGGUACUCCGACAUUGCCGCCGAGUUCAUCGAUAAGAAUGUCGACCGCGCUGCCGUCGUCGUUAGAGAAACCCUCUCCACGUCGGAAUGGGUGCCAGAGUCAGUGAGGCCGAGUCCUCCUGUCAAGGAAGUGGUGGCGGUAGUGUCUCUGUCUCGCUUUGAGAGACUGCAGACCUGGAUUGCGGAGCAUAAAAUUUUGACCGGCGUUAUCGUCCUGACCUGCGGUACCGUCGUUUACAAGGGAUACUAUGAGGGCCGUUCCAUGAGAAAGACAAGGCGUGCGAGAAGAGCGAGAAACGGCGGUCGCACUGAUGUCGUUGUUAUCGCUGGUUCCCCAACUCUCCCCUUGACAAGAUCCUUGUCUUUGGACAUGGAGAGACGAGGAUUCAUCGUCUUUAUCGUCUGCAACGCUGCUGAGGACGAGUCCAUGGUCCAGGCUAUGAAACGAGCUGAUAUCCGACCUCUAAGCAUUGAUACCACCGACCCUCCUCAUGCUGGCUCUGCCAUUGAGCGCUUUGCCCAUUUCCUACAGUCACCUCAAGCUCCCGGACCUGGGAUGAAGUCUAACCAGCUCACUCUCAAGUCCGUUAUCCUGAUUCCGAGCCUCCAUUACCAGACAUCUCCCAUUGCGACAAUCCCACCUUCAAACUUUGCCGACCUCUUCAAUACCCACCUACUCCAGCCUAUCCUCACGAUCCAAGCUUUCCUCCCACUACUCACAUCCCGCUUGAACCCCAUUGGAGAAAAAUGGAUUCCCCCCAAGGUCCUGGUCUUUACCCCCUCCAUCAUCUCGUCAAUCAACCCGCCUUUCCAUGCACCUGAGGCGACUGUGUGCUCGGCCUUGUCCGCUUUUACCGAAGUCCUCACCGCCGAACUUAGACCCCUCGACAUCCCAGUGACCCACAUGCAACUUGGCACAUUCGACUUCUCUAGCUUCGUCCCUACCCGAGGCGGACCUAACCAAGGUCUUGUUAUGCCUGCAGGAAACCCCGAAUCUCCUCUCGUCUGGCCUGAGGGUGCUCGACAUGUCUACGCCAGAAACUUUGUCGCCCAGACCAGCUCUGCCAUCUCUGGAGGCCGUAUCCGCGGACUCAAGGGAAGCUCGCUCCGACGUCUUCACAACUCUGUCUUUGACGUGAUUGAUGGCGAUAUCGUUGCCGACACUGUCCGAGUCGGUCUCGGCGCCAGCGUCUAUGGCUUUGUCGGCCGAUGGGCUCCUCGUAGUCUCGUUUCCUGGAUGAUGGGCAUCCGUCGGGUUGAUGAGCUUUCCACAUGGAAGACAAGCGCCUUUGAAGGUUCAGAAAGCAGUGACGACGAGGACGAUGAGAGCGAGAAGGGUGAAGACGGAACAUCAAGCGAGUUCAUCGCUGUCUCAGACGACAACGUCUGGCACGCAGACACUGGGGCUGUCUGGUCUCACAAGGCACCUGAAGCAUCAUAA